AUACAUUUAAAUUAAAAAUACAAUCACUUUUUCUCGAGCUCGUCAACUCGGAAGGAGAUUUAAUAUUUCUCCUUCCCAGCAAUACAAUAGCUUCCCUCCCACUUUUCUCCGGAGUAUUCUCGCUAAGACCUAAAAAGAAACUCAGUACUCAAUGGGUUUUUUAACAAUAACAUAUAACAGCUCACUGUAACAAUAGAUUCAUUUCCCAGCAAUCAAACUGUGAGUUGUAAUGUUCUUAAGUAUAUAUUAAGUAAAGUGAAGAAAUGUUAAAAAUUAAUUUUUUAAAUAAAUCCCAGUACUUUAAAAACUAUUUAUUUGUGAAAAAAGUUAAUUAUUCAAGUACCACAAUAGAUAACUUGACAACACCAGCAGAAGAAUAUAAUUUAGUACGGUCAUACAGGGAAAUUCCUGGUCCUAAACCAAUUCCCUUUCUGGGAAACACAUGGCGGUUCAUUCCUUACAUAGGUGACUUUAAAAUCCAAGAGAUCGACAAAGUAUCCAAGCGAUUGUUCAAACAAUAUGGUGAUAUUGUAAAAAUAGAAGGUCUUAUGGGAAGACCAGACAUGGUUUUUCUCUACGAUGCAGAUGAAAUACAGAAAAUAUUCCGUCAAGAAGAAAUAAUGCCUCAUCGUCCCUCUAUGCCUUCUCUCAAUUACUACAAGCAUGUGUUGCGCAAAGACUUUUUUAAAAGGAAUGCUGGUGUCAUUGCUUCCCACGGUGAAAGUUGGUAUCAAUUUCGCAGCAAAGUGCAACAAAUAAUGCUUCAACUACGAAUUGUCGGUUUAUAUGUCAGUGCAAUUGAAGAAUCGAGCCUUGAUUUUAUUAAAAGAAUUGAAAGGAUUAAAAAUAAAGAAAAUCAAGUUCCGGAUGAUUUUUUAAAUGAAAUAAACAAGUGGUCGCUUGAAUCUAUAGCAAAAGUAGCACUCGAUUUACGUCUUGGUUGCAUGGAUGAAGACGCUAAUUUGGAAACACAGCAAUUAAUAGACGCCGUACAUACUUUUUUCACAAAUGUUGGAAUACUCGAGUUGAAAAUACCUUUUUGGAAAUUAUUUUACACCCCCAAGUAUCAUGAAUAUGUUUGCGCAUUGGAUAAACUCUUCAACUUUACAAUGAAAUACACAAAAAUAGCGAUGGAGAAAUCAAAAUACAAAGACAAAAUAAGUCGUGAGCUCUCGUUACUGGAGCGUGUACUCGAGAUCGAUGACAGUAGAGAUGGUAAUUUGGCAUCAGUUCUCGCGCUUGAUUUAUUCCUCGUAGGAAUUGACACUACAGCAACUGCAGUAGGCUCGAUUUUGUAUCAACUGGCCUUGAAUCCAGAUAAACAGGCGCUAUUGUUUGAGGAAAUAAAACGAGAGCUUCCUGAUAAAGAUAUGGAAAUUAAACGAAAACAUCUUGAUAACUUAAAGUACUUGAAAGCAUGCGUCAAAGAAACUUUAAGAAUGUACCCGGUAGUAAUUGGAAACGGACGAUGUAUGACCAAAGAUACCGUGAUAAAGGGUUAUCACAUUCCCAAAGGCGUUCAAGUGAUAUUUCAACACUAUGUAAUUAGUAAUGAAGAAAGAUACUUUAAACAAAGUAACAAGUUCAUUCCAGAAAGAUGGAUGAAUUACGACAUUAAUGAUUCACGGCAAUGUCAUCAUUCCUUUGCAUCAUUACCAUUCGGUUUCGGACGACGGAUGUGUCUUGGACGACGCUUCGCAGAUCUCGAGAUAAUUGUUGUAAUUAGUAAGAUUAUUCAAAAAUAUCGUCUGGAAUACAAUUAUGAAAAAAUGGACUACCACAUAAACCCACUGUACACCCCAAAAGGACCCUUAAGACUAAAAUUUAUAAAACGAUGA